UUCUGGAUUUAUAGCAGCUUAGAUGGUCAUAGUGGGGAAAGUGUUCUCUUGGCAAUGCUGUUUUUACCAUUCGUAUUGCAGUACGUGUGUUCUACAGAAAAACACAGCACGCUUUUCCAUGGUGUUAAAUUCAGUUCUCAAUAAACUUCUUAAUGAUUCCAAGACAGACAGAAUAGCAUGUCUUUUUGGAAUGGGUUUUCCUUUAAAAAAAAAUAAAUAAAAAAAUGUGGCAAUCAUAGAAAAAGACAAAUGUGUGGAAGUAAUUUGAUUUAGCGUUUCAUUUUAAGGAAUUGAUUGAGGAUAUUAAAUAUUUAAUUUUGCAAAAAAUGACAGCAUAUUAUUUUGUUUGCAUGCAUUAAGAAUAUCAGAAAAACUUUACUUUUGUAUUUGGAAACUCAUGACUCAUAACUUCAAAACUUGCAGCUUGAAUUUUAAAACUAAUGUUUAUGUCAAACAUAGCAGUUUUAUUACUUGGCAAAAUUUACAAGACACUUUUUAAUGUGGGGCAACCAGUACUACUAUUUUUAUUAAAAUACCAUUUUCUCAGAAUUAGCACAUGCGUCUGUGGUACUGGGGCAUAUCAGAAGGGGCACAUAUAGUUGAAAGCUUUGAUUCUAAUCUUAGGAAAGAUCUGUGCAAUUACUGUAGGAGAUAUACUGUAUACCAAAGAAAUAGGACUUAGAUUUCUUUUUACUGUUUAUAUGCAUACGUAUUACCGACUGACUUCUUGCAUGUGUUAACCUACCCACUGUUCUGUUUUCACAUGAGCUGUAAUUGGAAAAACAUUUGCUCUUUAGAUCUUUCAAGUAUAGUUUAAUAGUACAGUGACAUUAGCAUGAUAAAAAUAGAGCUUUUACAAGCCUGCUUCUGACAGGGAAUAUGGAGAUCUACUUAAUUCCAUGACAGAGCAGUGCAAGCCUUUCCACAUUGUCUGCAAGUCAGAAUACCAGGCACAGUUUAGUUUAUACUAUAGUCUUGUUAAAUCUAGAAAUUAAUACCACCACCAGAUUUCUGGGCUGUGCAAAUAAAGAGCAGAACAAUAUUUUUUUUUAUAAUGCUUAGAUUUUGGACCUGAAUGUUUUCAAAUUGGAUAGAAAUCUUUGCCAAACUGGCAGAGGGUUUAAUAGAUGCGUAGGCUUCCUAAAAAAAGCCCAGUAAGUCUUAAAAAUGGUAAGGAUUUAAACAUGGGAGUUAUGAGAGUUGUAUCUACGUGGUGUGUAUCUGUAUGCUAUCUAAACAUGUUUAAAAUAAAAAUGUACAAUAGAUUUAGUAGAAUGAGUUUGCCGUUAUACAUUCAAUGGGAACAGCAUGACCUAUAUUCUGUUGCAGUUUUGCUAUUUUCCCUUCGGGUGCCCUAAAAUUAAACCCUAAGUCAUUUUUAGUUAUAGUUUCAGACAAUCCUGCUACUUCACAACCUACUGCUGUUUAUCAAAUGGUGGCUGAUGAUUGGUGACUGCCGUGCUACAAGGUAUUAUGGCAACUUGACAUAUUUCGACGAAGUUUAAGAGGCUUAACUGGACAUGUGUGUCAGGGAGAUGCGUGCAUAUUUUGUGCAUUAAAGGCAAUAUUUUCACAAUUUCAACACAGUCGAGAAAAAGCACUGCCAUCAGAUAAUAUGAGACAUGCCCUGGCAGAAAGUUUUAAGGAUGAACAGCGUUUCCAGCUUGGAUUCAUGGAUGAUGCAGCAGAAUGCUUUGAAAAUAUCCUUGAGAGGAUUCAUUUUCACCUAGUGCCAAACAGUGAAACGGAUAUGUGCACUUCAAAAUCCUGUAUUUCUCAUCAGAAGUUUGCUAUGACACUGUAUGAACAGUGUGUAUGUCGCAGUUGUGGAGCAUCGUCAGACCCAUUGCCUUUUACGGAAUUCGUGCGUUAUAUUUCUACCACAGCCCUGUGUAAUGAAGUAGAAAGAAUGAUGGAGAGGCAUGAACGUCUCAAGCCAGAAAUGUUUGCAGAAUUGCUGCAGGCAGCAAAUACUACUGAUGACUACAGAAAGUGUCCUAGUAACUGUGGUCAAAAAAUAAAAAUUCGUCGUGUUCUUAUGAAUUGUCCUGAGAUUGUCACUAUUGGUUUAGUCUGGGAUUCAGAACACUCUGACCUGACAGAAGAGGUUGUGCGGAAUCUGGCAACACAACUUUAUCUUCCUGGGCUGUUUUAUAGGGUUACAGAUGAAAAUGCCAAAAAUAGUGAACUUUUUCUUGUGGGAAUGAUUUGCUACACGAGCCGACAUUACUGUGCCUUUGCCUUUCACACCAAGAGUUGCAAAUGGGUGCUGUUUGAUGAUGCUAAUGUAAAAGAGAUCGGAACAAAAUGGAAAGAUGUGGUCUCCAGGUGCAUUCGAUGUCACUUCCAGCCAUUGUUGCUAUUUUAUGCUAACCCAGAUGGCACAGCCGUAUCUCCAGAAGAUGCUCCAAAGCAGAUUAUUCACUGGCCUCAGUGCAAAGCAGCAGGAGGAAAUGGGGAAGACUUGGGAUUUGAAAAGCAUUCUGCUCCUAAAUCGGACCUUGUGAAAGAGAAUGGAAUUGGAGACCCUGCUAAUCAAAGGAGUAAUAAAAAACUUCAGCCAGAUAAUUCAGCAUUCAGUAGAAGCCAUAUUCAAGCUAGUGGUGGUAGAGGGCCAGCUAAGUUAGGUUACAGCGAUCAAAAGGACAGGCUAAAGGACAUCUCCAGAGAGUGUGCUCAGAAAGCUGCUGAUAUGAAGAACUUCUCAUCUUUGCGAAAAGAUGCAGACAGAGGACCAAGAAAAGAGUCUGGGAGACAAAGAGAUUUGAUUGGGGAAGAUCGUCCCAAUGUUAAGUUGGGGUCUCCUCUGGUUGGAAAUGGACUUAGAUACUGUGCUGAUCAGCGCAUAUACGGCAGCCAGGGAAGAGGCUGCUAUAAACAUGACAGUGCACCUCACCAAGCAAAGCUUUCUGUACAGGUACUUGGAUCAAAUAAAACAGAAGCUUUUCCUGCUGGGGAGAAACCAAUGAUAAGGACCCGAACUGACGGUGUGACUGGCUACGAUACAGACACUAGUCAAGAGUCGAGGGACAAAGGGAGUAUCAUAAGCAGCAGAAGCAGAAGUAAAGGUUGGAAACCUAUGCGAGAGACACUAAACGUAGAUAGCAUUUUCAGUGAGACUGAGAAAAAACAGCAUAGCCCAAAGCACAAGGCAAAUCCAAACAGUAAAUCUAAGCAUGAAAAGGAGCGAAGCUUUAACCAUUGGCCAAAAGAGAACCAAAUCCAGAAAGGUUUAAUGACUAUAUAUGAAGAUGAAACAAAACAGGAUACAGGAAGUCGAAGUUCACUGGAUUCAGAGGGAAAAGGAAAUGCUGAAAAAAGCAAAGGAUUUACAGAGAGAAAAAUCCAUGGUGAUAACUGGCAAAUUCAGAGGACAGAAUCUGGAUAUGAAAGUAGUGAUCAUAUCAGCAAUGGAUCUGCAAAUCCAGACUCGCCUGUUAUUGAAGGAAUCAAUACAGCAGAUGUCAAGAAUGUUAGAGAAAGUGCUUCCUGCAGGAAGGAAUUGACAGUGUGUUUGUCAGCUCCCUAUCUGGAUUGUGACCAGAACUUGUCAACCAAAAAAGCUGACAAUGUGUUACAUUCAGUAUCCCAGCAGAACAGAAGCUUUUAUGACUUGAGGAAAGACCAGAUCAAUUCAGACACUAACUACAGACCUCAUGUUAAUUUCCCGACAGAAUUACAGCUGCAGGUGCCCAGUCCUCCAGUAAAGAGAGCUGAAAUGCCCGAGACCAACAGGAAAUUUUUCCCAUCAUCAGCUCUACAGCCAGUUCUUAAAGACAUCGUUAAGUCAGAAAGCAGGAACAAGGCCAAUGAACAGAAUCCUUCAGAGUGGCUUAAUCAAGACAAGCUUGAGAAGAUGAAUGUGUCAGUAUAUUGUGCUGAUGGUGUAUCCCACCCCUAUGUAGAAAACGUCUGUGGACAGAAGCUGAUGAACAAUGACUUUCACUCCUCUUGCCAGCCACAGUCUCAGCAUGCAAGAACGGUUGGUCCCAAGGUGGGGUUGUCACCUUGUGUGGCACAGAACCUGUCAGAAAGGCCCAUGGGGCUUCCCCCUCCCAGUGAGCAUGCUGGGCACCCACUCCGAAGGGCGGAUGCUCUUUGGGUGCCUGAAACAGUGUACCAGAAUCUUCCUCCCCCUUUACCGCCAAAGAAAUACGCUCUGAAUACUUUGCCAGGAUCAGAAAAUAACUUGGCAGCUGAUGUAAGAUCAACAGAAGUGUUGCAAAAUAACCCAUUAAGGCAAACAGGUACACCUUUAAAAUCUGCAUCAGAAUCAAGCAUAUUUACAAAUGAACAAAGGCUUAAAGAACCGUUUCAAGGGAGUGAGCUGUUUAUUCAUAAACCAGAUUCGCCACCUCACUUACCAGUUAAUGACUUUUGGACUGUGUCUGAAAACUUCUUAAAGAAAGGAUCUCGUAAUACGGGACCAGGUGCUGGCUACGUGGAUGGAAAUGAGAGUGUAUCCCUAACGACUUAUUUUUCAGUAGAUAGUUGUAUGACUGACACAUACAGGAUGAAAUAUCAUCAGAGACCCAAGCUGUAUUUUACAGAUAGCGGAAGCUUUCACAAAGAAAAGCAUCCUCCAUCAGCUGGAGUAGAACUGAAUGCUACAUACCAUGCUACUCUUGAGCCCAGGCAUCCCACAUCUGAGCAAAGGUACAAGGCAAGUGUAGAGGGCAUACACUGCAGUAGAUAGAUUCUUAAAAUCUGGAUCUGACUUUUGCAUUUCAUGGAGUCUGUAAACAGGCACAAACCUUGAAUCUCUCUGCGUGUGAUAACUGGGCACCCAGUUGACUGUACUUUCCUUAGGAGUUACGACUCUUUAAAUGAAUAUGCAAACAGAGGUGAGAGGAGGAGAGGUGCUAAACUUCUGGUUCUUUAAUUUGUUACUCUAGUUGCCUUAAUGCUUACCUCUGUUACUCAGCUUGUCUUCUACAGUUUAUAUUAAAAAUGGUCCCUUUGGGUGUAUGCAUCCCACAGCAGUGAGAUCAACUAGAUGUUACUAAUUUUGUAAGAAGAUUUAAUUAGUUGCAGUUGAAAAAGUGUUCCUUCAGACUGUGGUCACUAUAUACUUAGACUAACAAAAGCGAUAAACAUAUUACCAUAUAUAAUGCAGUAAAUCUAGUUAUAAUAGAGCGGUAUUUGUCCUGAUAGGUAGCAGGAGGUAACACGGUUUUUUUCAACUGACUUCUCUGAGAGUCUGUGCUUUGACAAACCUUCAAGUGUCUUUAAUACAAGUUUACCCAGAGAAUUUCUAACUUUUUAUUUGAAAAGCCUUAAUAAUAAUUCUUUAAAAAUGGUUCUGGUUUGCAAGUGUUAAAUAAGAUUUUCAAAGGGAAUUCAAGUAAAUUGCAGUAAGAGACUGUACUAUUCAUAUACCUGCUCUAUGUUAGUGUACAUUUUCAUACACAUUUAUCAGAUUUUUCACCCUAUAACCUAUAUACUUUAACUUAUUAAAUUUAAACACAUAAGCUACAAACUGAUAUAGCAGAAUACGAUGCUAAUUUUAAAAUAGUUAUCUUGCAAUUAUGACAGAUUAAUUUUGUAAUGUGUUAGAUAUAUUUACUACUUACGUUCAGUUCUGAUUUAUUCUACAAUUGCAUGCACAGUCAAUGCUGCUAUUUAUUGAACUUCCUAUCUUUUUUCAGCUUGACAUUUUGAGCAGUGUUUAAUGGGGAUCAGACAUUUGAUUUUACUGACGUUUUUCCCUGUUCGGAGCAGUCGUACCCAUGGAUAUGAUCUGUAUGAGCAGAUGAGCCUGAAAACCUGCAGCCAUUUGGACUGCGGUGGCUGAGAGGGCACAAAAAAAGCAGUUCCUCUCUUUCUCUGCUCUGCAGUUUGGGCAGCUCUGGCAUUUACCAUGUCUUUUGUUAACCUGACUUUAUUUCAAUAACAAUGAGGGUUGAUUUGGCUUUUGUGUGGUUAGUUAAAUCAGUGCACAGAACUAUCUAGAAAGUGCUGUGGCGCAGUGAGGGCUGGGGAGGAAAGAAGGGCGAGCAGGAUUUUGCCCACCCAGCAGCCCUGAGUGUUUGAAAUGACCUGUCAUGUCUUGUGGUGUCAGAAGCAGGGGCUUGGAGUUCUGCUUCAGUCUUACCAUAACACUGAGCAAUGUAUAAUUAAGAAUUAAUGUCAGCAAAGCCUGACACAAUCUGAAAAGGCUAAAUUUUGCCCUUAUUCGUUAACUUGGGGUGCUGCUGAUUACAUCUAAACUUCAAUACCUUUUAGUUAGGAAAAUAAUGCAAAAUUAAAUCUGCAUAAUAAACACUCUUGCUUAUACUUGCACUGUUAGUCAGAAAGGCUUUUUUAUGUUUAUAAACCAUAUGUGAGCUUUAGUGCUUCAACCAAAUGGUGGUGAUUGUUUAGCACGAUUAUCCAAGGUGUAUAUUUAAACAGUAGUUUUGGUUAUUCUGUGUCAAGGUCAGGAUUUUUUUUUUUAUUAAACUACAUGUAACUUACAGUAGAACUGGAACAUGAUAUAUGCAACAAACCAAGUAUCUCAGAUUAAUCUUAUUUCUACCUUCUUAAUUAACAUUUGUUGUAGCACUUGGAAAAAAUUCUAGAAUUUGUAGUGCAAAUAAUUAUGCAUGUUUAGGUAUGGCUGCUGGUAAACAGCAACUUAAAAAAAUGCUUUUGUAAGAAAAUCAGUUGAAUACAGAAAAAGAACCUGGAAAAUCUAAGAAUUUGGAAGACUAAUUGUAAUAUUUUUGAGAGGUUUCAAAAGCUGUAAAUUAAACUUUUCUAGUUUGUCUAGCAAUGUUACAUAAUAUAUAUAGCCAGUUAAGUAAAACUGUCUUCUAAUACUUGUGUAAAAACAAAGAUUAUUGGAAUUUGUAAAUAAUGUAUAAUUUGUAAAAUGUUUUGCAAAAAUCUUAUAUUUGAAAUGACAGUAUUUUUAUGUAUGAAUAGCACAGCAACAACUGUGAAUUAUGUUAGAACACUUAUUUUUAAACAUGCAUAGCAAUGUUCAUACUCCUGUACAAUGAGCAAUAUGAAUGCCUACUACUGAUACCAAUGAAUUUGGCUUCCAGUAAGCACAACUGGUAAACUUAAAGUAGCUACAGCAAUUUAGAUGUACUUCCAUCUCCUUGCUUUGCUUGAAACAAUCUUAUCAGACAACUUUCUAUGUGACCCAUGUUUACCAGGUAUUUAAUUAUAGUCAAUAGACAGCUAAUUGGGGCACCUUUGUUUUUAUAUUUGACUCUGCACUCCAUAUAUGUAUGUAUGUAAUAUUUGCUAACUAAUAUGUGAUAACUUGUUUUAACUUACCUAGGGUGCCUAUUUAUUUUUUUUAUAAAUGUCCCCUUCUGGCUAUAGAUUUGUAUAAGAGCCUAGACAAUUUUUGUAACAGUAAAGACAUUAACAAGUCUUGUAAUUAAUAUAUUUUUCAGUCCUUAGAAUUAUUUUCUUGCAAAGUUCUGCUUGUUCAAACUAUCAGAUAAAAAUUUAAAAUAUG